AUGGCGAGCAAAACAUUCGCUACACAUUCACAAGUUCCUCCCACUGACACGCGACACGCUCACAGGUGCCCCGACGGUUCGGCCGCCCUCGCACAAUGCGAAGAUAGAACGUUCAGAUUUCUCCAGCUACCGGCAGAACUGCUUGGGAUCACGGUGGAAUCCACGCUCCUGGCUUCCCUGCCUAGGUCCUUGACGCAAUCUGCCCCCAUUCUGGACUACGCGUGGUAUCCGGCCGCUUCAGUGCGAGACGCAGCCUCCUUCUGCUUUGUGGCGUCCGUACGAGAGUGCCCCGUAAAGCUACUGGAUGCGUCUGAUGGAAGGCUUCGUGCAUCUUACAGGAUCGUAGAUCAUCGCGAACGCCAUAUCGCCCCUCACAGUCUGGCAUUCAACCCCGGCGCAAAUAGACUCUAUUGCGGCUUUGAGGAUGCCAUCGAGGUCUUCGACUUUAAUUGUCCCGGGGAAGGCACGCGCUUACGCACCACACCUUCCAAGAAGAGCCGAGACGGUCUGAAAGGCAUCAUAUCCGCGCUGUCGUUUGCGCCCGAUAUGUCCUCGGGACUGUACGCGGCGGGAACACUCAGUCCCUCUUCUCCGACUUCUUCAAACAUUGCCAUCUUCUCUGAAGACACGGGCGAGGCACCUGUCAUGUUUCUUGGGGCCGAUGACCCGCAGCGUGGAGCAGGCUAUGGCGUACGGGCUAGUGUUUCUCAGUUGAUGUUUAACCCAGCGCGGCCGUAUCUUAUGUACGCCUCAUUCCGCAGAAUGGACACUAUAUUCUGUUGGGACCUCCGCGCGGACGUGGGCCGGCCGCUCGCGAAGUACACGACAGCACCCCGACCGAUCAGCGGAAAAGAACGGAGAGCUGCCACGAACCAGCGGUUGCGGUUCGACAUUGAUUACGGAGGAAGAUGGCUGUCCGUCGGAGACGAGGACGGCGGCAUUUCCGUCUUCGACCUAGCUGCGCAGCCGGAUCCUGCCAGCGGUGAGAACGCACCCCAACCGAGUUCAACACCGCGAACCACGCCUAUCAUGCAGUUCGACGCACAUCGUGAUGCGGUAGGGUCGGUCGCCUUCCAUCCCCUCCGGCCGCUUUUGCUGUCGGUGUCGGGGGCGAGGCAUUUUGAGGACCCCGCAUCGGCUUCUGGAGAUCGCUCUGACUCCGACGAUGAUAUGGAGGACGCCGAAAUAGUAGGCGCCAGCUCGGCGAAAUCGGGGGAGCCACCCGGAGUGACCGUUAGUCGCCAGCGCCCACAACCGAUCGCCCUGGACGCGUCGGUCAAGUUGUGGUCUUUCGAGCGAGAUGUAGGGCACGAUGGCGAAGUGCAAGUAACUCGUUAA